ACGUACGGACAAGGAUGGUUUAAUAAAUUAAGAGACAAUGGUGCUCACUAGUCACUAUAGCUAUAAAUCAAGCACAUCACUCAGUCGGUUGCAUUGUCUCAAAACCUGAAUAUUCGGAGAACUAUAAUCCCAGUAACUUCAAAAUGUAUCCUCUGAAUCUCAGAGAGAUGCCCACAACAGCAUCGUCCUUGUUCUCCGCCUAUGCUUCCUUCACUGCACUCAUCAUGUUGGUCAAGUCCAUGGCGGACCAACUCAUGUCACUCAUCCCUCCUCCACUCCGCUCAUACUUGUCCUCAAUCCUCCACCACUUCUAUGCCCCUCGCUCCGCUGACCUCACUCUCAUCGUGGACGAGAAGUGUGGUCAUAUGAUAAACCAAGUCUAUGAAGCCGUGGAGGUCUACCUCAAGACCAAGAUCAGUCCACUCAACGAGCGUCUGCGAGUGAGCAGAACACCCGGACAGAAAACUCUCAGCAUUACCAUCGACAGAAACGAAGAGAUCAUCGACUACUUCGACAACAUCACACUAAAGUGGCGUUAUGUGUGCACUGAAGCAAAAAAAGGUGGGGGUGGACCGGGUGGUGACAAGGAAAAGCGCAAGUUUGAGCUUACUUUCAACAAGAAACACAAGGUCGAGGUGAUAGACUCGUACCUACACAAUGUGUUGGAUCGGGCUGAUGCACUUAGACAAGAGGAAAAGGUCCUCAAGCUUGCUUCCCAAAAUUCGGGUAGUUCCAUAGAUCUCCAGCACCCUUCAACUUUUGACACACUGGCUAUGGACCCCAAGCUCAAGAGAAUGAUUAUCGAGGAUUUGGACAGGUUCUUGAGGAGGAAGGAGUUUUACAAGAAGGUUGGCAAGGCUUGGAAAAGAGGUUACUUGUUGUAUGGUCCACCUGGUACUGGAAAAUCAAGCUUGAUUGCAGCCAUGGCUAAUUAUCUCAAGUUUGAUGUCCAUGAUUUGGACCUCAGUAGAAUUUUCAACAACAGUGAAUUGAGGAGGAUUCUGCUGUCUUCUUCAAAUCGUUCUAUUUUGGUCAUUGAGGACAUUGAUUGCAGCGUGCAAAUAGAGAACCGGAAAGAGGAGAAAAGUCGACAAUCUAAUACCAAUCAGUUUACUCUCUCGGGCCUACUGAACUUCAUAGAUGGUCUGUGGUCAAGCAGCGGUGAUGGGAGAAUCAUUGUGUUCACCACCAACCAUAAGGACAAACUAGACCCUGCAUUGUUGCGUCCCGGUCGAAUGGAUGUGCACAUUCACAUGUCGCAUUGCACUGCGAGCGGGUUCAGAAUCUUGGCCUCUAACUACCUCGGCAUUCAAGAAAGCAACCCUCAUAACCUUUGCGGAGAAAUUGAAGGCUUAAUAGAGAGCACUGAGGUAACCCCUGCAGAGGUUGCUGAGGAGCUCUUGAAGAGUGAUGAUGCUGAUGUUGUUCUUGAAGGACUUGUUGAUUUCCUGAAAAGAAAGAAGGAAGAGAACAAUAAAAUUGGUGAUGAAGGAACUCAAGUACACGUUGAUAAGUCAUGCCCAUUGACCAUGACUCAUCACACUUAGCUGAAAUAGGAUUACUCAUUGGGACUCAUCACAGCAAAGCAUGAGAUUUCUCUCAUUUUCAAAAAAAAAAAAAAGCAUGAGAUUUCUUUAGAUAAGUCAUGGUCUUAGGGAUAAUCCAAUUCUGAUAAAGGUUUAAUUAAUUCAUUUGGCUGGCCAUGCACUGUGCCCAAGUAUACUUGGUGGCCAAGUUUGGUGAUUCUAGUCAUUCUACAAGUGUAGGUUGUUAUUGCCAAGUGACAAGUAUACAAAAAUUUUCAGUACUCAACUUAAUUAUAAUUAUGAGAUGAGAAUGUGACAAUUAAAGAAUAAAAAUAGGACGAUUUUAGAUCAUAUUUAUUUUUUUGUAAGGUUUUGAC